CCGAGUGCGCGUCACCAGCCAGAUCACCAUUCCUUCGACCUUUUCUUGUGCCAGACUCCAAGGGUUGCCCAUCAAACUAUUUCUACUAACCAUAACCAUCGAUGUCGCUCUUAGUGGACAAGUACCGGCCAAAGAAGCUCGAGGAGUUGGAUUAUCAUCAAGGACUAUCCGAUCGGAUUCGUGCGCUGGCCCGGACGGCGGACUUCCCUCAUUGUCUGUUUUACGGGCCAAGUGGGGCUGGGAAAAAGACUAGGAUUGCUGCUACACUAACUGAGCUUUUUGGACCUGGGGCGCAGAAAUUAAGGAUAGAUCAAAAAGUGUUUGUGACCCCAUCACGGCGUCGAUUAGACGUCCAAGUGGUACAGUCGAACUACCAUCUUGAACUGACACCAUCAGAUGUCGGGCAAUGGGACCGGAGCGUCGUCCAGGACGUUUUGAAGGAGGUCGGACAAAGCGCCCAACUCGAUAGUGGGGCAACUCAGCGAUUUAAAGUGGUCGUCAUCCAUGGGGCCGAUGAACUAACAAACGACGCACAGGCUGCUCUGCGGCGGACAAUGGAGCGACACACCUCGACCAUGCGCCUGAUCCUCUGCGCAACUUCCACGGCUAAAAUAAUUGGUCCGAUUCGAAGUCGUUGUCUAUUACUACGAGUCGGAGCGCCCAAUCCAGAGCAAAUUGCUCAGGUGUUGAACAAUGUGUCUAAUAAAGCUUCGUUUUCGACUAGCCUGCCGGAUGAGACUGCAAUGGCCAUUGCCUUAUCUUCUAAUGGUAACCUGAGGAGGGCACUUCUUACAUUGGAUGCUGUUCGUGCUCAAGAUGAGACGUUUUCUAAGAGUCGCACAUCGCCGGAUAGCAUCCCCCGACCUGAUUGGGAAGUUUACAUUGAUAAACUGGCCGGCGUCAUCGCGAAGGAGCAAUCACCGGAUAAACUGCUAGAAGCCCGGGCAAUGCUCUAUGAGCUUCUCGUUCACCUCAUUCCCCCUUCAGUCGUCAUCGUCCAGCUCGCCAAGGGUUUACUGACUCGAGUAGAUGACGCUCUCAGGCCCGAAAUUAUUCAUUGGGCCGCUUGGUACGAGCACCGACUCAGAUUAGGCAAUAAACCCAUCUUCCACCUUGAAGCAUUCGUGGCGAAGGUGAUGUCGCUUUACAAAAAUUACAGUAUCGGAUUGCACGAUUUCAUUUGAAAGCUUUCUAUCACAAUAUGUACGGGUAUAAAAGGGAUGCAAAGACUUGAUUUUCUUAUGCUUUGAAGUUUGAUUUCGGA